UCCCUGGCGUGGCAGCAGCAGCCCGGGCACCAGCGCUUGAGCAGCGGGUCUGAGAUUGUGCGUGGUCUGAGGUCAUUGGCUAUUCGGCUCAGCAAUGGAGAAGGGAUAUAGCACGGUCACUUUCGACGGGGCGCCCAGCUAUGGUCACACGCCCUCGCAUCAUGCGGCGCAGUUCCCCAACCAUUCCUUCAAACAUGAGGACCCCAUGGGCCAGCAGAGCUCGCUCGGAGAUCAGCAAUAUUCGGUGCCACCUCCGGUGUAUGGCUGCCACACCCCUACUGACAGUUGCACAGGCAGCCAGGCCCUGCUCCUCAGGACGCCCUACAGCAGUGACAAUUUAUACCAAAUGACAUCGCAGCUUGAAUGCAUGACCUGGAAUCAGAUGAACCUAGGAGCUACCUUAAAGGGAAUGGCUGCUGGGAGCUCCAGCUCAGUGAAAUGGACAGAAGGGCAGAGCAACCACGGCGCAGGGUACGAGAGUGAGAACCACACAACCCCCAUCCUCUGUGGUGCCCAAUACAGAAUACACACCCAUGGUGUCUUCCGAGGCAUCCAGGAUGUACGGCGUGUAUCUGGAGUGGCCCCAACUCUUGUCCGGUCAGCAUCUGAAACCAGUGAGAAACGUCCGUUUAUGUGUGCGUACCCAGGCUGCAAUAAGAGAUAUUUUAAGCUGUCCCAUUUACAGAUGCACAGCAGGAAGCACACUGGUGAGAAACCAUACCAGUGUGACUUCAAGGACUGUGAGAGAAGGUUUUCUCGCUCAGACCAGCUCAAAAGGCACCAAAGGAGACACACAGGUGUGAAACCAUUCCAGUGUAAAACUUGUCAGCGAAAGUUUUCCCGGUCCGACCAUCUGAAGACCCACACCAGGACUCAUACAGGUAAAACAAGUGAAAAGCCCUUCAGCUGUCGGUGGCACAGUUGUCAGAAAAAGUUUGCGCGGUCAGACGAAUUAGUCCGCCAUCACAACAUGCACCAGAGAAACAUGACCAAACUCCAGCUGGCGCUUUGAGGGGUCCGACCCGGAGACAGUGCAGCAUCCCAAGCUGGAAAGUGUGCAAACUGUUUCCAAAGCUGAUUUGAAAUUCCUCCCACUCACCUACAAAAGGACGCGAUGGUGGAUCUUCAUCCAACUUCCAAGACAGCACACCUGUUUGACUGCGUCCAAUCAGGUUUGCCGGAAGGAGUCGGUGCUCCGCCCACUCUUGAUUAACUCAUAGGCCUGAAAAAAGUGGCUCACAGUGUCUAGAAAGUCCAUUGCCAUUGUCUGAAUUUUCUACCAUUAGAAGAACCAUUGUUGAUAACGCCUACAGACUUUCCUCUUCUCCUUUGUGAUCAUUUCGCCAGGAUUAGAGAGAUUGUUCCAUUUUCUUUCAUGGGAUAUUUAUAGGCCAGGGCAUGUGUAUGUGUCUGCUAAUGUAAACUCUGUCAUGGUUCCCAUUUACUAACAGCCCUAGAAAGAAAUAAAUCAGAGAGCCAGCCGCCAGGGGCAAGUAUCGUGCAGAAUUUCAGAGGUCAGGCUGCAAACCUGGAAACCUGGAAGGCCGGAUGUAAUUUUACUGGGCAAUUUUUAAAGCUCAUAGGUUUUGAGUAACUGCAUAGUGGAUUAGAAUUAACUAGAACCCCUGUACAGUUAGGACAGAAGGAAACCUUCCUGUUCAGCUAUUCACUGUUAACAUUAGCACUGGGCUCUUAAGAAAUGAUGUUUUAAGAGCAGAGAUUUUUUUUAAUGUUUUUGAUUUAUUUUUUAGUUAUAAUUAGGUACAUCUUCAGAGAUGUACUUUUUUCUUCAUGUGAAGGAAGUGGAAGAUUCACUUCCAUCAUCUGGGGUGUCUUUAGCGUGUACAGACCACACUGGCUAUGUGGCUUCAAGUUGUAAAAAUUAAAAUGACUUUAAAAGAAACUAGGGGCUGGUCCAGGAUCUUCACUGGUAAGACUGUUCUUAAGUAACUUAAGUACCUUUGAAUCUGCAAGUGUGUGGGGGAAAAAAUAUAUUAUUGUGAGGAAAUCCAUAGUUUAAAGGUGUGUAUGUGUGUUGUUUUUUUUUUUUUAAGGGAGGGAGUUUAUUAUUUACUGUAGCUUGAAAUACUGUGUAAAUAUGUAUGUAUAUAUAUGAUGUGCUCUUUGUCAACUAAAAUUAGGAGGUGUAUGGGUAUUAACUACAUCACUGUGUGGAUGUCAAUCUUACAGUGUAUUGAAGAUAAUACUAAAAAUGUAACCUGCAUUUUUUUCCACUUGGCUGUCAAUUAAAGUCUAUUCAAAAGGAAAA